GUAAUAGAGGAUGGCGGUUGUUCUUCUUCCUUUCUAAUUACCGAGUCUCAGCUUUCCGUGAAUUCUAGCUACUUUAUCCUAUCUUAGGGGGUAGCUUCAAACUAUAAGCUCAAAGUUCCAACAUGGCGUCGGGUCUACCAACCAGGGAGCGCCGCCCCUCCACAGCCGCACCUAUUGUCGAAAUAGUCGGUUCUGUAAGCCCCGCGGGCAUCUCUCGUCCGAAACAUAAGCGUACUUUCACGGGUUUUGGAGCCAACGAGAUCAAGAACGUAGAAGCGGCGAUCCCCGAGCCUCAACGUGCGACAUGGACCAAGCACGAAUACCAUGGCUUCAGGACAAAGGAUGAGUUUGAGAAGGAGGUUGUUCGCCAUGUCGAGACAACCUUGGCUCGUAGCAUGUUCAACUGCGACGAGUCGGCUGCUUACUCGGCUACAAGCUUAGCGUUCCGUGAUCGUUUGGUUAAGGAGUGGAACAAGACUCAGCAGCGCCAGACCUUCGUAGACAGCAAGCGUGUCUAUUAUCUGAGUUUAGAGUUCUUGAUGGGUCGUGCUCUAGACAAUGCUAUGCUCAAUGUUGGCGCCAAGCCCACUGCCAAAGAGGGCCUUGACGAACUUGGGUUUCGUAUUGAAGACAUCAUUGGCCAAGAACACGAUGCUGCAUUGGGCAAUGGUGGACUCGGACGACUUGCGGCUUGCUUUCUCGACAGUCUCGCCUCCUUGAACUAUCCCGCCUGGGGUUACGGCUUAAGAUAUCGCUAUGGUAUUUUCAAGCAGGAGAUUAUCGACGGAUACCAAGUCGAGGUCCCUGAAUACUGGCUCGACUUCAACCCGUGGGAAUUUCCAAGGCACGAUAUCACAGUCAACAUCCAAUUCUACGGCUACGUUCGCAAAGCCCAAGACGAGAAUGGAAAGACGGUGGCCUUCUGGGAAGGGGGUGAAUUUGUCACUGCUGUAGCUUACGACGUGCCAAUUCCUGGCUAUGACACGCCCACUACUAACAACUUACGACUAUGGUCCAGCAAAGCCGCUAGUGGUGAAUUCGACUUCCAGAAGUUCAACAAUGGAGAGUAUGAGAGCUCCGUAGCAGACCAGCAGAGAGCGGAGACCAUCAGUGCCGUUUUAUAUCCGAAUGACAACCUUGACCGUGGAAAGGAGCUGCGUCUUAAGCAACAGUACUUCUGGGUUGCAGCCUCGCUCUACGAUAUUGUCCGCCGAUUCAAGAAGACGGAGCGUGCCUGGAGCGAAUUCCCCGACCAAGUCGCAAUCCAGCUCAACGAUACCCACCCAACACUAGCCAUUGUAGAGCUCCAGCGGAUACUGGUAGACAUAGAAGGCCUCGAAUGGGAUGAGGCCUGGCAGAUAGUCAAGUCAACCUUCGGCUACACGAAUCACACAGUUUUGCCCGAGGCUCUAGAGAAAUGGCCCGUCGGCCUAGUACAACAUCUUCUGCCUCGCCAUCUUCAGAUCAUAUAUGACAUCAACCUUUUCUUUUUACAGAGCGUAGAAAAGAGAUUCCCGAAUGACCUGGGAAUACUGAGCCGGGUUUCGAUUAUUGAAGAAUCUCAGCCAAAGAUGGUCCGUAUGGCAUUCUUAGCCGUCGUUGGUUCUCACAAGGUCAAUGGUGUUGCCGAACUGCAUUCAGACCUCAUCCAGACGACUAUCUUCAAGGACUUUGUCAACAUAUUCGGCGCUGACAAAUUUACUAACGUUACAAACGGUAUCACACCCCGAAGGUGGUUGCAUCAAGCGAACCCCCGCCUUUCAGAAUUGAUUUCUAGCAAAAUUGGCGGCCUCGCGUUCCUGAAAGAUCUCACGCUCCUCAAUAAGCUAGAGACGUUUGUGAACGACAAAGAAUUCAGAAAGGAAUGGGGCGAGAUUAAAUACGCCAACAAGGUCCGGCUUGCGAAGUACAUCAAGAGCACCACAGGCAUUACGGUAAACCCGUCGUCUCUGUUUGACGUCCAGGUCAAACGCAUCCACGAGUAUAAGCGACAGCAGCUGAACAUCUUUGGCGUCAUCUAUCGGUAUCUGAAGCUCAAGGCCCUAAGCCCUGAAGAGAGGAAGAAACAUCUACCUCGCGUCUCGAUCUUCGGUGGAAAGGCAGCACCUGGCUACUGGAUGGCAAAACAGAUUAUCCACCUCAUUAACAGCGUCGGUACUGUCGUUAACAAGGACCCCGAUAUUGGUGAUCUCCUAAAGGUCAUCUUCGUGGAAGACUACAACGUCAGCAAGGCGGAGAUGAUUAUCCCUGCUUCCGACCUUAGCGAGCACAUCUCAACUGCUGGCACAGAGGCGUCCGGAACCAGUAACAUGAAGUUCGUGCUAAACGGCGGUUUAAUCAUUGGGACAUGCGACGGAGCUAAUAUCGAAAUCACUCGAGAAAUCGGCCAAGAAAACAUUUUCCUCUUCGGGACCCUAGCUGAGGACGUGGAGGACCUACGCCACGCGCACACGUACGGUUCGCACGCAAUCGAUUCUGGCCUAAACGAGGUGUUCGAUGCUAUUCAGAGCGGCAAGUUCGGCGACUCUAACGACUUCAACGCGCUGAUCUCGGCCGUUCGCGACCACGGUGACUACUAUCUAGUGUCGGAUGACUUCCAGUCGUAUAUCGAUACCCAGAGGAUGGUAGACGAUGAAUACCGCAACCAGGACGAGUGGGUCUCGAAGUGCAUCCGUAGCGUCGCUAGGAUGGGCUUCUUCACCUCGGAUAGGUGUAUCAACGAGUACUCCGAGGGCAUCUGGAAUAUCGAGCCCCUCGCUGUAUAAGUCCCUUCUUCGAAGGUUAUACCAUCUACACGUGGCUAUAUAGGGGGUCUACACUCAGGAACUGCAUAUAGUGGUUGUCCCUUAGGGUGAAAAUGCGUAUCAUAAGGAACUUUUGGCGGACAGCCCAGUAGAAAUAGGGGCUACGAUUAUGAUAGGAAGGAAAAUGAAUAGCAAUUCCAAGUAUCGACUACGCAGUCAUAUGUUCUUGCAUCCUACUUCUAAUGUGAUGGAUGUAUGCGGGCUCGGAGCAUUCAAUAUGUCAUCUAACAGUGUCACUGACAGACAUUAUCCCGGAAUUCCAGGUAAAACCUACCAUAUUACAGAAAGCUACGGUUGGUUAGUCGGCCCAAGGGAUAUCAUAAAAAUAAGCUUCAUAUUGCCUCGGAUGUAAAGUCGUUGAGGCAAUGAGACAGACCUCUUAACCUAGAGUUGUCGGAGGGUUACUAGCUACCAACUAACCCUGGCCCUAGUCACCUACUUCUCCGUUCGAUAACGCCGACACUGAGCGACUCCCAUCGGUGCCAGGUACAGUACUUGUUAGUAGUCUACCUAUGAUGGCUCGUAGAAAGUGGUUUAAUGUC